AUGAGGAGGAGGAGGAGGAUGAUCUCCAGAUACACUCGGAAGGCGGUGCCACAGAGCGUGGAGCUGAAAGAAAUAACAAAAUAUGCUCUUGAUCAUCAUCCCCUUCCAGAGCAGCUGGAUGGAAUUUCUUCCACCAGUGACAGCCAGGAAAAAGAUGCAAGUUCCCAAAGUGAGUCUGACAUCACACAAGAAUCACCUUUUACAUCAACUGACACUGGGGAUUCAAGGUCUGCUUUUCCAAGUUAUACAGGCACAGGGAUCUCUACUGAAGGCAGCUCAGACUUCUCCUGGGGAUAUGGUAAACUUGAUCAAAAUGCCACUGAAAAAGUCCAGGCAAUGUUUAUAGCCAUUGACGAGCUCUUGUAUGAGCAGAAGUUGAGCAUACACACUAUGAGUCUGCAAGAAGAGUGCCAACAGUGGACAUGUAGUUUUCCUCACCUCAGGAUUUUGGGUAAGCAGAUAAUCCCUCCAAGUGAAGGUUAUGAACUGUACCCUAGAUCUCCUUCUGCUAUUUCAGCUUCACAUGAGGCAACAUUGUCUCAAGAAAGAGAUUCUACUAUAUUUGGUAUUAGGGGAAAGAAGUUACAUUUCUCAACUUCUUAUGUUCAUAAACCAUCUUCCAUUGCCAAAUCCCCUAGCUUGUGUUCUAUGGAAAAAGAAGAGGAAGACUGUGUAAUUCUCUCUGAAGGAGUAAUAGAGGAAUACUUAGCAUUUGACCACACGGAUAUGGAAGAGAGGUUUCAUGGAAAGAAAUCAGAAGCAGCUACAGAGAAACAGAAAUCAGGGUACCCUCCCAUUGCUCCAUUUCACUGCAUGAAAGAGGAUGUCCUCGCUUAUGUGUUCGAUGAAGUGUGGAGCAAGGUCCUGAGCUGCAUGGAGCAGCUGAUACGCAGUCACUGGGAGGGAUUUGCCUCUGAUGAUGAGAGUAAUGUUGCAGUUACCAAAUCGGCUCCAGAAAGCCCCUGUGCGCUGAGUGAACUGCAACCUUUGGUCUUACCUCGAGUGCCACAGUCUAAGGUGCUGUCCAUCACCUCAAAUCCGAUGAGUCUCUGUCAAGCGACAGGUGGUCAUCAGCCAAAUGUCAAUGGUCUCUUGGUUCAUGGGAUGCCUCUGCAGCCAAGAAAUCUCUCCUUAAUGGACAAGCUCCUAGAUCUUGAUGACAAGCUACUUAUGAGGCCUGGGUCCAGUACCGUCUUUUCAACCCGAAAUUGGUCAAAUCGAGCCCUAGAGCUUUGUACAUCAUCUCUGUCGUAUACAGUGCAGUCCGCCAGGAGACGCAACCCCCCACCACGUACCCUUCACCCCAUCAGCACAAGCCGCUCACACGCCGGAACGCCAGGACCCGUGGAAGAGAUCUUCAGAAGAUCCCGAGUCCCAGUGGUGGCCAGCUACCUCUCUUCUCCCUCACCAAUGCCCCUGAGUCGAAAUAAUCUGCUGCCACCUAUUGGCACAGCUGAAGAACACAUGAGCACUGUGGGGACACAAAGGCAAACGAAAGCCCAUGGUGAUGCUAAUCGAGCUCGAAGUGCGGUGGUGAAUAAGCCUAAACAUCAGCAGCCCCAGGAGAGGCUCCUUUUGCCUGACUUUUUCUCCAGGCCCAACACAACGCAGUCGUUCUUGCCAGACACGCAGUAUCGUCAUUCACGUGCUGUUGAGUAUCCUCAUCAGGCCCGACCCGGCAGGGGAUAUGGAGGGACAGGUUCUCAAUCACACGGGUCUACAAAAACUCAAAACAGAAGUGGACCAAUCUCUAAAACCAGGCAGGGACCUUAG